CAUACGAGAAAUAACGUACUACUAAGAUAUUAUUCGAAUGUUCUCAGUUUAUCCUGUAUUAUCACAGAACAUUCAGUAUGAGUACAGAAUAUUCGAAUGAUAUCAUGUGCUGUGUGGGUAGUGACUUUGAACAACCGAGAAAGUGCACGAAAUGUGCCGAAAAGUAGUCGCAUCUGCAUAUUACACUUCACAUCAGAGUGUAUAGAACGUUUUGGUUAUAAUCAACUUCGAUUAAAACUAAAUUCUGUUCCAUCCAUUUUUCCACGUGCCCAAGAACAAACGAUUGAAAUAUUACCAGCUACACCAGAAAUUCCAUUGUUAAAUACAGAUGUGAUUGAUAAUCAAUGCCUAACUGAAUCGGAACAUAUUGAAACUGUAGAAGUAACGACAGAAAUAUCCACAAAAAAUCAAGAUCUUAAUCCAAAAAGAAAGGAACCUGCAAAUAACCUGAUGCCAAUAAA